GACAAGACUCGCCAGCAUCAGUCGUCAACACUCAACAGUCAACAGUUCAGUAGGCACCAUGGAUGCCUCGCCGGACCCUACCGUGGUUUUGACUGCCCUAAAGGACUUUCAGACAUUUCUUGGGAACUCGAGGACCUCCUCAGCGAGCAGAGGAACAGAGCCUCGGCGUUUGAACUUCUCCACCCUUAGUAGAGACAACUCGUCAGCCUCGCUUCCCUCACCUAAUUCCCCAGGGUACCUCAGGGGACAGAAGAGAAACCUCGAUUCUAUUGUAGGAUUUGAUGUCUCUAAGAAGCUGCGAGAGAAGGACGGUGAAAUCAUCACCACCCAAGCAACAGUCACAAGGCUGCAGGGACGCAUACAUGAGAUGGAGUUGACAAACAAGAAAAAUAAACUAGAAAGUGAUGCAGAGAUAAGAGCCAUGCAACACCAACGACAAAGAGACAAGGAGUUGAUUGAUGACCUUCAACACAAGUUAAAGAAGAUUCAGAAGGAGAAGGAGGAAACCCGAGAUAGUGUGAAGAGUGCACGAGCACAGUGGGACACAGCUAACUUAGAGGCAGAGACGCGGGUGAACAAGCUGCAGCAGACAUAUCUUGAACAGACCACCAAGCUGAAGGAGGAGAUCAACAGUCUUCAAGAGCAGGUAGCAGACUUGGAGAAGGAAGUAGCAGAGAAGACAUCUAAGGUGACACUAGCAGAGAAUCACACGGAAGUAGUGGAAGCACGACUGGCUGAUCUGCAGGAGAGGCUGAAACAAGCAGAGGAUAACCAGGCACAAGCUGAAGACCAGAAGCUGCAGCUAAAUAAAGCAUUGUGUAGAGUCAGGGAGUUAGAGCUGCAGCAUGAGGAGCUGAAAGAAACCAAGAAACAACAGGAGGUUCUUGAGGCAGCCAUGUGCAGGCUACCUAUUCUUGAAAAAGAAAUUGCUAAGGUCAAAGAAGAGAACAAGUUUCUGAGGGACACAGCCAGAAACACUCAGCUGAUGGAGGAACAGCUAACCACUGCACUGCAGCAAGUGAAACAUCUUGAAAAGCGUUGUGAGGACAGAGCCAGUCAGCAAGCCAAGGCAGAGCUGUACAAGGAGACAUUGGAUAAAUUUGAGAGCAUUGUGGGGAAGGAAUUUGGGCUUGGUCGACGAGGCACACCAGAGGACCUUCAGAUACACUUGAGUCAGUUACGGAAAGGAGACAAGGCCCUCACUGACAGUCUGGCUCAACUUCGUGCCAGCCACAAAUCCUUGGAAAGUGGGCGAGCACAAGAAGUUGAGGAGAUGAACCUGUUAAAAGCCAAAAUGAAGAAACAAGAACAUUUGAUUCAGUACCAUUCAGCGCAGAUCAAGAGGCUCAAUCGUAGGAUCUUCCUUGUCAAUAAGGAACGAGAGAGUUUGAAAGCCAUCUUGAGCUCCUAUGAGUCUGAAGCAACAAUCAUUUACUCAGUAGUAGGACAGGAACGAGUGCACGGACUUGAGGGACAGGUGGAGCUGUACCGCCAGGAGGUGGACCGACUCAAUGCUGAGUUGCAAGAAGCAUGCAGCACUGGCAUCUCCCCUGCUGCUGCUGUUUCAUCUCAGCAAAGGAAGGAGGAUAUUAUGAAGAUCACAGGAUUAGAGGAGAAGGUGCUGUCCCUUGAGGAGGAAGUAGGAAAGCUGAAGCAGGAGAAAGAAGUGCUGGAGCUGCGGCUGGAACACCGUGCCCUUAAAGGAGAUUAUGACCCAACCAAGACAAAGGUCCUCCACUUCAAAGACAACCCACAUGCCAGGGCUCUUGAGAACAGAAAGACAGAAAUUGAGAAUUUACAGAAAGAGAAUGAGUCCCUGCAGGAGCGAAUAAGAUUGCUAGAGCAGGGUGAAACUGAAGACCUCACUCAACGGGUUGGAGUAAAAGUGACCAGUGAAUCCCACAAGGAAGUCAUGGAACUCCAGGAGAAAGUGUCACAUCAAGAGAGACAAAAUAAGCGUCUUAUGGAGGCCUUCCAGCGCAAAGCCCGUGAGAUGCGGGAAAUAGUCUACAGACUCACAGGCUACCGGGUUGACACUUACGGAGAGAAGCAGUACAAGCUCAUCCAUAUGUUUGCAGAGUCUCCUGAUGACUAUCUCUUAUUUGAGCAUACUCCAGCGAAAGAGAUUCAGCUCCUGGAGACUGAUUUUUCCAACACCAUAGAAGACUUGAUUGAUGCAUACUUGCGGCAUGAGAACUCCUAUCCUGCUUUUCUCUCAGCCAUCACCCUGGAUCUUUUCAAUCGCCAAACCAAAUAUCAAGCGCAUUCCAGCAGUGAGGAGGAGGAGGAAGAAGAGGAGGAGGAGAUGGAACAGAACAGAAAGGAUAUCAAAAGGGAUGGCAGAAUGGGUAAUCAAGAGCCCCAAAAACCAGGUGGUGGUGGUGGUUGUAAUGAUGAUGAUGAUGACGACGACUUGGUGAUCCUGGAUUAGAUGUGUUAACCUGGGGGAUUUUAACCCUUUUCUAAACUUGCCGUGCUAUGCUUGUUAACAUACUAUAUUUAUAUGUUUAUAUAUAUUUUAAUGCCAUACUGAAGGAGAUUUAAGAUGUAAGGAAGUCCACGUAAAUGUAUAUACUUACAUAGACACCAUGAAUUGACUAUAACACUUUAAGGCAGUUGUACAGAUACUCUAUAAGAUGCCACAUGAAAAUUAAAUUUUUUACAUUUAUGUGCUUUUAUUCAAGCUUGAUUUAUGUAUUUGUCUUAUUUUUCAUGUGCAACUUUUUUGUUUUCUUUCUGUGUACAGAAUAGCAGCCAAGACUGAGAAAAAUUAAUGAGACAACUCUUAAUAAAGAAAAUAUCUAACAUAGAAUGGCAA